ACACCUUCCUCUCUCAACACGUACAGAACGCGAAUGACUCUUCGCGAAGAAGACGAAAAAGAGCCCCCGCCCACCUCCACCGUCCGAUCAUUCCUCCGAGUCAGCAACUGGAUCGACCGGCGGUGAUGAUCAGCAAAACCCUGACCUACUGGCUCUCGGAGCACCCUGUGAUCGUGGGGUUCCGGUGGAGCCACGCACAGUCGUGGGGCUCCACCUGGUCCUUCCUCUUCACCUCAAUCGCGUUCUACCUGAUCCUCUCGACCCUGCUCCACCUCUUCCUCGCGGUUCUCCUCCGGCCUGGCCGGUCCGUACCGCUCGGACCCAUUCCGGCCCUGCACAGCCUCUCUAUGGCCCUAAUCUCCGCCACCAUCGCCACCGGAAUCCUCCUCUCCGCCGCCGCCGAGAUCCGAGACACCCGCUGGUUCUGGCGCCGCUCCAAGACCCCCUUCCAAUGGCUCCUCUGCUUCCCUCUCGGCACCCGACCCUCGGGCCGGGUCUUCUUCUGGUCCUACCUCUUCUACCUCACCCGCUUCCUCCACAUGCUGCGGACAAUCUUCGCCGUCCUACGACAUCGUAGGCUCGCCUUCUUCCAGCUCUUCAACCACUCCAUCCUCACCUGCAUGGCCUUCCUCUGGCUCGAGUUUUCGCAGUCAUUUCAAGUCCUGGCCAUCGUCUUGACGACGUCGGUUUACUCCGUGGUGUAUGGGUACCGGUUCUGGACCGCCAUCGGGCUGCCCGGCGCGUGCUUUCCCUUCGUGGUGAGCUGCCAGAUGGUGCUUCUGGGUUGCAACCUGGUGUGCCACAUUGGGGUCCUGUUGCUUCAUUUCUUCAAAGGCGGUUGCAACGGGAUUGGCGCGUGGGUGUUCAAUUCUGUCCUCAACGGGGCUAUUCUGUUGCUGUUCUUGAAGUUCUACGUGAAAAUGCACUUGAGGAAGAGAAAGUGCGGGUCCGAGGUUGUUCCGGAGGUGAAGAAGUGUAAAAAUGAGUAAAAUCCCACCAACUUGUUGCUAAGGAGGGACGAUGAAUAAUGCUCUUUAUUAACUGUGAAUGAAAUACUUUAUGCGAGUUUCUGAGUUA